GAGGCAAAGGCCUUGAACGACCGCGGCUGGACACACCUUUGCCAGGGACGACGCCACGAAGCUUUGGAAGAUUUUUCUCGAGCCAUCGAGCUGGAUGAGGAGUUGGCUGAGGCCUACAACAACCGCAGCAUCGCUCGAAGACUCGAAGGUGUUGAAGGUGCUGCAGAGGAUGAAGACUUGGCAGAUGCCUUGACAAUGCACGAUUUGGAAGCUCAGAUGCGGCUGCGACAGCAGCGGAAGUGGAUGUGCGUCGGCUACAACGCACGAGGAGAACCAGAAGGCGAGAAACUUGCGACUGAUGCCGAUUUCCUGAUCUCCUUUGCAAGUCCAGACAGAGAUGAAAACAAUCGGAUCCUGCACGAACUGAAGACGGGAGUCAACUAUGAUGGGGGUCUUCGACCGGUGACCUUCUGCACCGACAAGUCACUGGGGAUGGGGCUCCACAUCAACGAAGCGCAAGAGAUGAGACGCUGGAACCCGAUUUUUUCGGACCUGGAUCAGCCCCGGCAGCCGGGAGAAUAUCCUCCCUGGUUCAAGCACUACAAAGAGGCCGCCAAUGAAACCAGGCACGGACUCCUCAUUUUGCAGCUGACCGAUUCAUAUUUGAAGUCGAAAGCCUGCCGGUGGGAGUUUGGAUAUGUGCGAAAACCCGAGCUUGUGCACGUCUAUGUGCCCAGUGGCGACAAGUCGCCAGGCAGAAUCGUGAAAUGGGAGGAGCUCAUGGAAGAUGUCGAGCUUUGCAAGCAACUCUUCGGAGGCGCUUUGGGCCGCACGAUCCAGGCGAACUUGGAUGCAGAAGAUCCCACAAUGCAAGGCACAUUGACGCAACUUGAGAAGAUGGCCGAGACUGCAGAGGAACAGGAACACCAGGUGUGGUGCGAGCUUCCUUUUCGACAAUUGGCUUACAACUUCGCCGCGAACACUUUCGGGGAGGAAAGUGUAGACACCAUGCGCAGCGCAGGCAAGCUGAUUGUUGUCUUCAAUCAAACUGGAUUUGCAGCCAAAGCCCAACAAAUUGGAAAGGAUUUGUUGGAGAAAAUGGAGAAGAAAUUUGGCAAAGACCACUUCAUCGUAGCCACAACUUUGACAAAUCUGGGCAUUGCGCAUGGAGACCUGGGUGACUACAGGCAGAAGAAGGACCUGCUCGAGCGUGCCCUGCGAAUCACGGAGCAGCACUACGGGAAAGAACAUCCCGAAGUAGCAGCGUCUUUGGCAAGUUUGGGCAAUGCGCAUGGAAGCCUGGGCAACUACAGCCAGCAGAAGGACCUGCUCGAGCGUGCCCUGCGAAUCACGGAGCAGCACUACGGGAAAGAACAUCCCUAUGUAGGAGUGACUUUGACAAAUCUGGGCAAUACGCAUGAAAGCUUAGGCGACUACAGACAGCAGAAGGACCUGCUCGAGCGUGCCCUGAGAAUCAAGGAGCAGCACUACGGGAAAGAACAUCCCGAAGUAGCCAUUACUUUGACAAAUCUGGGCAAUGCGCAUGGAUACCUGGGCAACUACAGACAGCAGAAGGACCUGCUCGAGCGUGCCCUGAGAAUGUUCGAGCAGCACUACGGGAAAGAACAUCUCGAAGUAGCCAAGACUUUGGCAAAUCUGAGCAAUGCGCAUGAACGCUUAGGCGACUACAGACAGCAGAAGGACCUGCUCGAGCGUGCCCUGAGAAUGUUCGAGCAGCACUACGGGAAGGAUCAUCCAGAAGUAGCCAAGAUUUUGAACAAUCUGGGCAAUGCGCAUGGAUUGGGCGACUACAGACAGAAGAAGGACCUGCUCGAGCGUGCCCUGAGAAUCAAGGAGCAGCACUACGGGAAAGAACAUCCCCAAGUAGCCAUUACUUUGGCAAAUCUGGGCAAUGCGCAUGGAUACCUGGGCAACUACAGCCAGCAGAAGGACCUGCUCGAGCGUGCCCUGACAAUCCUGGAGCAGCACUACGGGAAGGAUCAUCCACAUGUAGCGAUUACCGUGUUCAAUCUCAGCGCAGCUCAUGAAUGUCUGGGAGAUGUUCGCCGAGCAAAGGAGCUGGUGGAGCGUGCUUUCAAGAUCUGGGUGGAGCAUGGCCACCCCUAUGCAGACACAGCUCAGCGUCGCCUGGCAGAGAUGGAGGUCAAGAUGAUGCAGAUAUCCAGCGCAGCUGUGAGGCCCUCAGUGCUGGCUUCGGACGGCCAUGCUGUCUGGCUGUGGAAUGUGAAGACUUAGAAUCAUGAUGCAAAGGUUGUAGAAGAUCCAGACGGGCUGGAAGCCGUCCGAAGAUCCCUCCAGGA